UGCAGGAAUAUAUGAGACAGAUUUAACAUGAAAUAAAUCAAAACAAAAGCAACAUCCAGCCUAAGAGGGUGCCUUUAUGAUGCUAUGCCUAUUCCUAGGUAUCGGUUUCCCUGAAUCUUGGUGAAGCUGCCAUAUUCCAGGAACUGAGCAACAAAGCCAAAAUCCAGGGUAGAAAAAUCAUGGUAGCAGCAGGAAUUAACCCUGAUGUGGAGAGACAUAAGCAAUGGAAGGACCAACACCCGAACCAGCCUUUGUCGAUGUGGACAAAGGACUAACCUUAGCAUGCUUUGUCUUCCUCUGUCUUUUUCUCAUUGUCAUGAUUAUCCGCUGUGCCAAAGUGAUCAUGGACCCUUACAGCGCCAUCCCGACAUCCACAUGGGAGGAACAGCACCUGGAUGAUUGACCAACACAAGGGCUUGGGGAAAAUGUGGGCCCUGAGCACUCUGCAACUUGGACCAACCAAGUACUUGGUGCAGGAAAGCAGAGUCUAGGUGGCCACCCUACCAGGAUGAAAGCACUUAACCUGGCUCAUCUUCACCAAGAUGCUUAUGGCAAUGGAGAAGUUUUUGAGAGCACAUUGAUUGUAGCUCCCUGCAGAUCUAUGUGAAUUCUUCACCUUGCCCUUCUGGUCUAGACCCUUCUGGUCUUCACCUGCCCUUAUGCUCUCUCUUCAGGUUUUAAUGAGGGAAUAUUAUGAUUCUAUUUCAUCAAGUAGCAGAAAUGCUCUUUAGGUACUAGAACUCUCAAGUUUUCUCUAGGGUAAUCUGUAUGUAACAACUUUGGCUGCAUUUAAAUAAGACGUGUACAACUUUAUUCAGACUAGGGGCCAUGCUUAGCAUUUGAGUAUGGCCUGUGGGUUUCAUCCUUCCCUCAUGUAGGGCAAAAAGUGCAUGGGAUCCACAAAGAAACUCAAAUUGUUUGUAGGUUCAUGUCAAUUUAUUAUCAAUAAGAUUAUAUUAUAUUAAUUCGAUCCAGCUAAUAUCCUUACUCUCCAUGUAUUAAACAAUUUUCCAUAAAAUUACAGUUUGGUGGCAAUUAUGGGAGUGUCUCUAUAGGCCACACUCAAGAAUGUACCGAUUCAGUUAUGCAACUCUGAUUUAAGUAAUUAUUUCAACUGAAAUCAUAAAUAUCGGUUUCUGCUCUUAGCAGUCAGGAGUCGUCAACUUUUAUCCUAACAGAGUUUUAAAAUUUUUAACUGCAGCUGGGCAGACAGAAAUGUAGCAGGUCAGCCUUUCCAAUCCAAGCUUAUCUUCACAGGCUGCCAAUCAAGACAGAGGUGCCCUUCCAGGGAAAGAAAAAAAAAGGCAAUCCUUAUCAAUAGCUGCCAGUAGUUAUUUCUAAAUCCCAUUUUCCUUCUUCCAAGGUAGUACUAGUUUCAUUUCCAGCUGGAGAAUGCAUGCAAGACAGAAACAGCAGUGUGGUCUUUGAAAUAGAGAUGCUUCCAGUUGUGACCCUGCAUAAAAACCCUUCUGUGAUGCACAGAGCUUUCCCAAAGAUAUCCACCUCUUGGCUGUCCACUUUAACCACAAAGGGAUGCAGCUUUAGGGAUGGUGAUUCCAAAUUGCAUGAGAGAAGGUGCCUCUGCUCAUUUGAUUUUAAGUAAAGCAAUGUCACAUUUAAGUCUUAAACUAGUCUGCCAUACCAAGGAUGUUGCUCUUCAAGAUGGAAAUGCCUAGCAGAAACUACUUGCAGCAAAUGUAUUGCCAAAUAUAAUAAACAGCUUCAACAGGACAAAACAGAUGUACUGGUGUCCUUUUGUUAGAUCUUUGUAUGCACUUCACCAUUUGUUCACUGUUCAUCAGUUGAUGUGUUCUCCCAGAAGUCAAUAGGUGACCUGAAUAGAUCAGAAUUAUAGAAUCCUUGGUUCAAAUCUAUCCAUAGCCAACUGACUGGAUCAUUAUGAGGAUUUUUAAAAAGGGAGGGUAGGGAGGAAUACAUGUUCUCCUAGGUGCCCGAAGCAAAACGUGGAGAAAACGCAGUAAUGAAUUAGAAGAAUGGGAAUAAAA